AUGUCUGCCAAAGACCCCAUCACCUGCCACGUACUCGACACCGCGGCCGGCCGGCCCGCCAGAGGCGUGCGCGUGCGCCUCGAGGGCGGCACCCCCACCAAGACGUUCGAGAGCCUGACCGACGACGACGGCCGCAUCAGGACCUGGCUGCCGUACAGCUCGGAGCAGUCGGCCGGCGAGGUCCCCGUGUACACGCUCGAGGACGUCCUCGGCGAGAGCUCCGGCCCCUCGACGUGGACGCUGCGGUUCGACACGGCGGGGUAUUACGGCGCGGACAAGACUUUUUUCCCAGAGGCGGUUGUUGUCUUUAGGGUGGACAAGGGCCAGCAUUACCAUGUUCCGCUGCUGCUGAGCCCGCACAGCUAUACCACGUAUCGGGGGAGCUGA